AUGAACUGCAUCAGCUCCCGGUGCCUGCCCGGCUGCGAGGUGGCCUGUCCCGAGCCCUGUGCCUACAGCAGAGGCCUUGGGCCCUGCGUGGCCUCCUGUGGGGACUCCACGGCCCUGGUCUACGCCCCGCCCGUGUGGAUCACCUUUCCCGGCCCCAUCCUGAGCUCCUGCCCCCAGGAAAGCAUCGUGGCCUCAUCCCUGCCCCAGCCCUCCGGUGGCUCCUCAUACGGCUCAGGGAUGGGAGGCUCCUCUGGUGGCCUGUCAAGAAUUGGGGGCUCCUAUGGAUCUGGGGGCUCCUAUGGUUCUGGGGGUUCCUAUGGAUGUGGGAGUUCUUCCAUGGGUGUCUCAGGAAGGGGGGGUUCCUCUGGAUGUGGGGCUUCCUCCUCGGGGGGCUGCUUCCUCAGGAAGUUCUACACCAGCAGCAGCCGUGGAUCCCGCCUGGGAAACUGA